AUGGAACGCCAUGCCAGGAAGACGACUGCACUCAGUCAUCCUCCAUACUCAACAACUACCAGGACACGAGCUGUUACCUCUACCGUUACGUCGUUUCAGGGAACGGCGGAAACAAAAGUCGUUGUUGUUACCGAGGUUGAGGUGAUCACUAUUAUCGACCCCCUCCAACAGACGCAAACAUCUAUCACUACCGCCACGGCUUUCUCCAAAGGAAGACAGGCGCUUAUGACUGCUUGUCAAACUGCGCCAUCGUCUGUAUCAUCGGUUCUUGACCGGAUCAACGAGAAGCGAGCUGUGGUCACUGUCACUACUACCGUCACUGUGACGACAACAGUCUUCAGCCCAAGGAUUGUCACUGCGACAGUCACCACAACCGUGUUCUCGACCACGUUUGUCGCCCCCAAUGCUAAGACUACGGUCACCGUGAUAGAAACGGUAACCUUGCCAUCUCCACCAACAGGCAUCGCAACCGGCGCGGCGCUAGUUCUCCUCCUCCUUCUCACACUAACCGCCCUCCUGCUCCGCCGGCGCACACAGAAGCUCCGCCGCGCCCGAGCACAAGCCAACAUCAGACAGCAACUCACCGUACCCCCACCCCAACCCCGACCACCACCAACAACAAGAUACGGCGCAGCGCCCUCCCCCACGGUCCGCACCGGCCCCGGCUCCGGCUCCAGCCCCAGUACGAAACGUACCCCCGCCCCUCACGCAGCGGGCGGAAUCCCAACCGCCGCCGCCGGCUCCGACUCGACCACCACCACCACCACCACCGCCAACACUACUUCCUCCUCCCAACAAGACGCCCACUCCGGUCUAACAGGGGCAAACGAAGUGCGGAUCGUGAUACGCGCAGCUCCACUGGCGCGGCAAGCACAACAGAAUGGAGGGAGAAGGGGAGGGGCAGGUUCGCGCGGUAACAGUGAGAGGGAGAGGGAGUGGGAGAGGGGGUACAGCAUGGCAGCGCUGAGUCUGACGGGGCGGGGGAUGGGGUCGUCGUCGUCGACUGGGGGUGGUGGGGUGGGGGAUGGUUCGGGGGGGUGGAGUGUGGCGAGUGAGAGGGGGAGUGAGGUUGAUUUGGGGGUUGGGGGGGGGGAAGGUCGUGGUGGAGGGUUCUUGCCCUCUCUGCUGCGGGUGCUCGUGGGUAAGCACGUGGGCGCUGCUCGCUUUGUCCAUGCGAUACGGAGGGCUGUUGACCGCAUGGCAGGAUCCUGGGUUUGUGGCGUAGCGUCCUGCCGCGUUGCUUCCUUUGCUUUCGCUUUGGCUGUGUUCAGGAGCUCGUUUUUGGUGCCCGCCUGGAUCCAGACGACCGAGAUCGUGUUUCCCACAUUGCCUACAAAGUACUCCAGCUACCAACAGCGGCCACACAUCGCGGCCUACCCAGAUGCUUCACCGCAAGCACACUUUGCUGCGUCUGGGCACAGUCCCUCUCAUGCGGUCGGUGCUCUUGUAAGGGAGCUGAGUGUCGACCUUGAUCCCCCGAGGAAAGGAAGGUUGUACUGUACUACUCACGAGCGUAUCAACGUGAUCGACCCCAAGCUUCGUCUUCGAGUCCCCAUCACCGACGCCCCAGCUUCUCGGCAUCCACCCACCGGCCCUGUUUCCCGCUCCGUCUUCAUCGCCUCCAUAACCUGCACUUCCGGCUCUCGGCCCCCUAUUGUCACGGGCACAGCCCGUUCCUUGUAG